AUGGUGCCAUCGCUGCUCUCCCCAGCCCUAGCCGUUUCGAUCAGCGAGAUCAACGGCAAUCGCUUUCUGUCGCCGUAUCAAAGUGAAAGUAUCUCCAAUGUCGAAGGACUAGUAACAGCAAAGGCAUCGUCGGGAUUCUAUUUACGGUCUACUUCGCCCGACUCGGCUGACCGCACCUCCGAGUCUAUCUACGUCUAUGGCGGCGCUGCUGUUGAUGGGGUGAAUGUGGGAGACAUUAUCACGCUUAGCGGGACGUCGAGUGAUAAUGAGGUCGUUCCUGUUGUUAUUGGGGAGGAUGAACUGUUGCCUCCGACGGAGGAGUUCUCGUCGCUGGAUGAGGGGGAUGUGUACAGUCUUCCGAACAACGCUAGUCAGUUGUCUGACGAGAAUCCUGUUCUGGAACCGGAUACAUACGGGAUGUAUUUCUGGGAGAGUCUGAGUGGGGAGUUGGUUAGUAUCAGUGGUCUCGGGGUUAUCGCCAAACCGAACCGGUAUGGUGAUACGUGGGUUGUUGGGGAUUGGCCGUUGACUGGGGAAAACGGGAGAGGAGAGUUGACGAUGCGUGCUAAUGACUCCAACCCCGAAGCCAUCCUCAUCGGUUCCGCAUUAGACGGAACCAACAAUCCCACUGAUACAAAACUAGGCGAUACUGUCGACGACAUCACCGGCAUCAUCACCCAAGUCUACGGAUUCUAUUCCAUCCUCCCACUAACCGCACUAUCCAUGUCCGGCUCGAACUUUACAACCGCAUCCCCCACAGAUCUAGUCUCAGACGGCACCUGCAAGAAAAUGUCCUUCGGAAGCUACAACGUGAACAACCUAGAACCAGACUCUGACACACUGUCUACAAUCGCAGAGCAUAUCGCCACAUACAUGAAAAGUCCGGCGUUAGUAAUUCUGCAAGAAAUCCAAGACAACAACGGCGCUACAGACAACGGAGUAACAUCCGCCAACAAAACCCUCUCAACCCUAACCGCCGAAAUCGCCAACAAAGGCGGCAUCAACUACUCUUUCAUCGACAUCGACCCAGCAGACGGCGAGGACGGCGGCGAACCAGGCGGUAAUAUUCGCAAUGCCUAUCUCUAUGAUCUCACCGUUAUCAAACUACACAACUCGAAUCCGGGUUCUAGUACUGAUGCAAACGACGUUUUAUCCGGUGACUCGGGUCUUGAGUUGAAAUAUAAUCUGGGGCUCAUUGACCCCGAUAACUCGGCGUGGGAGAGUAGUAGGAAACCGCUAGCUGUAGCUUGGGAGAUGGUGGAUGGGGGUGAUGUGUUCUUCACAAUCAACGUGCAUCUAACCAGUAAAGGAGGCGGUUCCUCGUUCGAAGGCGACGCCAGACCACCCGUAAACGGGGGCGUCGAGAAACGAAUCUCCCAAGCUGAAGCCAUCGCCACCUUCACUUCCAACAACCUCUACGAUCUCGAUGAUGUAGUGGACACUCCGUCUACAGAGCGCUACACAUACCUGUAUGACAUGAACAGUCAGCAGCUGGACCAUAUGUAUGUGAGUGAGGGUUUUGCAAAGGCGGAGGUGGGGGUGGAGCAUUUGCAUUUGAAUACGUGGGUGGAGUAUGAUGCGCAGGCGUCGGACCAUGAUCCUACGGUGGCGGUUUUGGAUGUUUGUGGGUAG